GCUGACCGAGAACAAACUGAGAAGUCAGCAGAUAAAUCCACGGUCGGCUGUUUGGAGUCUCCACUGCGUGUAUAGAAGCCUCGCUGAUCUGUGCUAAAUGGCAUCCUCUGUGUUUCUACUCUGAGCAACAGGAGCUGAAACUCCUUCUCUGCGCUGAGCCUUAGCCUAAUGGAUACCAUCACAAUAGCUGUGAGAUGGUGCUGUGUCCCACAGGCACACAUCAACUUUGUGACCGAUGGAAUAACUAAGUGGUAUAUGAGCAGAUGGAUAUACAACCAUUCUAAAACCGAAAAUCUGACAAUCAUUUGUGUUCAAGUAGAAUUUAAAAGAGUCUCUGCGUAUAUUCAACAGCUCCUAAGUGUGAUGAAAGCUCUAUGGGUGGAACCGGGACGUGGCUCAAUGGAGUGGGAAGCAUUGGAUACACUGCUGGAUGACACACCUCUAGUGCCUGUCAGCACCAACAAAUACAGUGUCACGCACACCACCAUCACACAAGGGGACAGCUUUUAUGACCAUGUGUGUAACACGGUGGAAUUUGUAAAAGGGUGCGCGUGGAUACUCAGGAGGGAACUGACCAUCGCGGACAAGAUGACCAUACUUAAGCUGCACAACAAACAUGUAAGUUUGUAAGACAUGCUGUAUAUACCAAGCGUGUUUAUAUUACUUCUGUAUUUUCUACCCUGCAGGAACCUCACAGUGUUACGGUGUUAGUGCCCGGGACCGCAACAAGGAUGAUACAUGUGCGAUGCACUGAACCCCAGCGAAUACACGAGCUGUUCAAGAAGUAUGACCUGACAUGCUCCAAUGUCUGGGAUUCCAGAACCUCCCUGUCUGCCACGGCUCCUUGUACAGCACUGUGUGACCACAACAUGACCACAGUUAAAGCGAACAGGAUCGCGGAGACUGAUGCCUUGGACCAGGAACCUGAGGUGUCCAAUUUCUACCACGACAUGAAAUGCGUCCGAAUACAAGCAAAGCUAAACGCGCUGAAACACAGACCCUACAGCACACAUCACCGCAGCGUGGUAGAUGCAGCACAACUGCCAUCAGCCAGUGUUGACGGAACCUACUCGAACGAGACUCAGCCCGAGUUGGUAUCAGUUGUCCUGUACUACUACGAUCGAAUGGCCACACUGGGAGAUGUCAUCAAGGCCGAUGGUAGGUUCGUACCGGAUGUCCAGUAUUCGAAUCCAGAAGAGUGGUCUGGGGAUAGAUAUGUGUUAGAACUGGAACCAGACAACAACGUGACCAUUAUGGGCACGGUGCUCCCAGCCAGCUUGAGUGACGAGAGAACGCGUUUGGAACCGUACACGUGUCCCUACUGUCUCGAAGAUGCAAACGCGUACCUUGACUGCGGACACUUGUGUUGUGUGUCCUGUACACGAAGAGCUAAGAAGAAGAAGAAGGAUUCUGUGGCCUGUGGUGUUUGCAAGCAAGAAUCCACAGGCCACAGAGCCCUUGAAAUACCACAGAACUUCGAUUCUACAUGCUUCGCAUGCUGCAAAGGGAAAGAGUGGGUCACAGAAUGUGGCCAUUUAAUAUGUGUCAAAUGCUUCAUUGGACGCUGCCCUGUUUGUAGUAACCCGGUCACUACUCUUAAGAGGGUGUUUAUGUCAUAUUAA